AUGACAAAACCUAUCUCGUCGGCCCAGAACUUAGCCACUUUAACUGCACAAUUAGUGGCAUCCAUCAAAUCCAGCUGCGAACUGGUGAAAGGGCAGGCAGGACUGGACAUCAGGCCGUGGGCGGAGGGGAUUUGCGCGCGCUGCCGAGAUAGCAUGGCGGCGUUUCCCGCGCUUUACGUGUCCGCCAUUGCCGGCGGCUGUGCAGGCGCAGGCGUUGCGGGGGAAAUUUUUGCCACAACACAUUAUCUCAUGUUACGCGCUACGGGCUCCGAGCGGCUUUCUAAAUUUGCGGGCGGACUAAAGCUGACGGCAACGCGCAUAAAUUUCGAU